ACUGGGAAAAGUUUUGGAACCAAAGAUUUUCGAGCCGCUUUAGAAAACGGAGUCCUGUUGUGCGAUUUGAUUAACAAGAUCAAACCUGGCAUCAUUAAGAAGAUCAAUCGUCUAUCUACUCCAAUUGCUGGUUUGGAUAAUAUAAAUGUUUUUCUGAAAGCUUGUGAAAAUAUUGGAUUGAAAGAAGCUCAGCUUUUUCAUCCUGGUGAUCUUCAGGAUUUGUCCAGUCGAGUUACUGUCAAGCAAGAGGAGACCAAUAGAAGACUCAAAAACGUUUUGAUUACAUUAUACUGGCUGGGGAGGAAAGCACAAAACAAGUCUGGUUACAAUGGUCCACACUUUAACCUUAAAGCAUUUGAGAAAUUACUAGGACAAGCUCUGACCAGGGCCCUCGAAGAAUCUAGCAGUCUGAAAAGCAGUGGCAGGGACAGUGGGUACGGUGAUAUUUGGUACAUUGACCGUGGAGAAGCAUUUUCACCUUCCACUAGCCAUAAAAGAGACGAUUCUUUCGAUAGCCUGGACUCCUUUGGUUCAAGAUCCUCCACAAGCUUUUCAUCAGACAUAACCUUGAAGGGUGGCAGUGAAGGUUGUGAAAGUGACACGGACUCUGAACUGCCUUACAAAAUGCAUGAUUCUGGCAAAGAUAACAUGUCAUAUCGCAGGAUUGCUGUGGUUGAACCAAAACCUACUACAGAGUUCAAUCGGUUCUUACCCAGCAAAACUAAACCGGCAUCAUAUAAGCCAGCACCGCUCAGGAAAAAAAGGAUAGAGAAGAAUGAGGACAACAGAAGAAGCUGGGCAAGUCCUGUCUUCACUGAGCCAGAUGGAACAUUUUCAAGUAACCAGAAGAGGCAGAGGCAUUUGGACCCUAAAGAGGAAAGCAAGCCAAAAGUUAACAUUUCUUCAAAAUUCUCCGGCUAUUCUGAUGAUGAGGAAGAAAAGGCAGUAGGCAUCCCAAACAUUGAAAAAGAUGAUCUCUAUGUUCGCAAACUAAACUCUGCAGUUUCAAACCCAAUGGUUUCUUUUGACAAGUUUCUACCUAAGUUUUGGACUCCAGAAGAAGAAUUGCAUUGGAAAAACGUUAAAAAAGGAUCCUCUUCCAAACCAUGGUAUAAGGAGCUUCAGGGAUUCAGUCAGUUUUCAUUACUUCAGACCCUCCAAAAAUACUCUGAUGACUACUUGUCUUCUGAAAUGAAGACCAAAAUUGAUCCUACUUCUGGCCCUAGGGUCAUAACAUGCAGAAAGAAUAUUUUUUUUACACCAGGAUGCAACCAGAGGGAAACUAUGAAUGGAGGCCUAUAUCCAGACUUGGAAAAUGACGAUUUGUUUGUUCGGAAGACUGGGGCUUUCCACAUUAAUCCAAUUGCUCUCCAAGCUUUUGAAUACUUUAGAAAAUGCUCUGAGCAAGAACCUCUUCUAGAGGGUGAAAUAAUUCUGCAACCCAGAGAGGGCCAACCUGUUAUUCCAGACUUAGAAAAAGAUGAUAUGACUGUUCGUAAAGUACAAACACAGAAAAAAGGGGUGCCUUUAUCAGGUGCUCCAGAGAAAUACCAUCCUGCACUCUUUCCUGAUCCUUGGAGCCUCCCACCAGAAAUCCAAUCCAAAUUUCUUUGUUUACUUGACAAGACUAUCACAACAGAAGAUGAAAAAAAUGGUGGUAGAGUCUUAUCACCCUCUUUGCAGCAGAAGAAGGAUGAUAUGCUGACUCGCAAGAUUGAGUCUUGGAAAGUAGGAAGUGUUCUGCAGCCAGUCAGUUUUACUCCAGGUCCAUGCAGCGAAGAAGACUGGAAAAAAUGGGAGGCUAUCAGAGAGGCCAGCAAAGUUAGACACAAGAAACGCCAGAUGGUUGAGAGACUGUUUCAAAAGCUUUCUGAUGAGGAUGGGAGCAAGUCUUUGAAUGAUGUCAGUGUAGAUGAGGCCCAAGAGCUGCGCCAGGUUCGUUAUGAAGAGCUACAGAAAAUAAAAUCCAAGCUACAGGAACAAGAUCAACAGUGGCAAGAUGAUCUAGCAAAAUGGAAAAAUCGUCGAAAAAGUUUCACUUCAGAUUUGCAAAAGAAAAAGGAGGAGAGAGAAGAAAUCGAAAGGAAAGCCUCUGAGAAUUCUGAAAGAAAUAGCAAGUCACUGAAAGAAAUGCAGCAGGACAGGGAGAACAGAGAUCAAGGAUCCUACCGGGACAUCCAGCAAAAAAGUGAACGCAGGCGAGUGCAUUCAUCAGAUGAUGUAUUUAGUGAAGAAAAACAUCCUUCCAGACCAUCAGUAGCAAAAGAUUACCUUGUCGAAAAAGAUACCUCUUACAGCUUUAAGAAGAAUGAAAAAUCAUAUGCUGCACAAACUAACAAAGAGAAUUCUCAAAAGCCAGAGAUCUAUGCAACAGUUGAAACUCAAAUUCCAUCUAAAAGCCUAUUAGAAGAACAGAGCUCAGUCCCUUUGUCUACUCACCCUUCAGUGAAUGAACAAAUGGGGUCAGCUCAGGUUUCAGCUUCUCUCCCCAGAAAUUACCAGAAAACUGAUACCUCUAGGUUAACAUCUGUGGUUACACCAAGACCUUUUGGUGUCCACUCAAGAGGAAUCUCAUCACUUCCCAGAUCAUUUACGGUGGACGAUGUCCAGAAGUAUAAUGGAGAAGUAGAUGGAGCCAAGAGAUCUCAAAAUUUGCUCACCAGCUAUUCAUUUUCAACACUGGAAGCAGGACCAUUUCUCUCUGCAGAUGCAAUGACAAGUGGUGGCAAGGAGGAAAAGGAAAGCAUUAAAAGAACAGAGUCUCCUACACUGAGAGCCUCUGCUACAUCCCAAUACCAGGAUGCAGUGGCCCCUGGUCUUAAAUCAGAGUAUUAUACUCAUCCUGACCCUAUUACAGUUGCAUCUUCUGCAGAAAUAAGAAGCCUGCCAGAGCCAGAGGUUUCAGUGUUACAGGACCCGUACAGUGAAAUGAGAAUCAGUAUAAACCAGAGACCUGGUAACAGUCGCAACUUUGGGUUCAUCACAAAUUGGAAACCUUCUGGGGUUUUUAUACAAACAAUUGAAGAAGGUAGCACUGCAGACCUUGGCCAGCUGCAAGUAGAUGAUGAAAUCAUUGCUGUUGACGGCACAAGAGUUUCACAAAUGGACCAUAAUCAGUGGGAGAAAGCCAUGGCCAAUGCACUAGAAACUGGAAACCUGGUCAUGGAUGUCAGACGAUAUGGAAAAAAUGGUACACCUGAAAAUAAAUGGAUUGAUGCAACUUCUGGAGAUCAGAAUUCUACGAACUCUUCAAACAUAUCAGCCAAAAGAGAUUUCUCCUACAGCCUUCAAAAUUCUGAUACUGGAGCAAAAGUGAUAAAUGGAAUGCAAGCAGAUCCGAGCUCUAAUGAACAAAAAGAAUCUGAACCUAUUUCUUUGAAAAACUUAAAAAGGCGGUCACAAUUUUUUGAACAAGGUAAAACAAAAAGCUAACAUUUCAUGUACUUUCAUGAAAUUGUUCCCACUCUCCCAGUUCCAUCUAUUAAUGCUCCUAGUCGUUGGACUUGGGACCAAGAAGAAGAGAGGAAACGACAGGAAAAAUGGCAGAAAGAACAGGAACGUUUACUUCAGGAGAAAUACAAACGUGAACAGGAGAAAUUGCGGGAAGAAUGGCUACAGGCUCAGCAAGAAGCAGAAAGAGAGAGUUCCAAAUAUUUAGAUGAGGAGCCGACUGUCCUAACCUUAAACACAGUAUCGGUAACUGCACAUGCACCACCUAUUUCUAUCUGGAGAACAAACAUGAGAGAAGACACUGAUGCUCCCGAAGGAGGCAGAAGACAUGAAUGGGGGGAACAGCAGCAGAAUGAGGAAGAGAAGGAAAUGGAAAGGCAGAGACUCCAGGAGGAAAGGAGACUUCAAGAGGAAAAAGCCCUGCAUUUGGAGCAAAAAAGGAAAGCCCAAGAACUAGAGCUUGAAAGAGAGUGGAAAGAAAAGGAACAACAGUAUGCCGAGGAGCAGAAGCGGCGGGCGGAGGCCGAGGAGCAGAAGCGGCGGGCCGAGGAGCAGAAGCGGCGCAUGGAAAAAGAAAGGGAGAUACCAAUGCAGAUGCCCCAAUACCGAAGACAUUAUGACCAUUAUGAAAUAUCUAAAAACUUCGAAGAUCCAUCUGGCCACUUCCUUGCUGACAGAAAUAAAUCCAGAUCGACUUCAGAACUAGAUGAUUACCCCAGAAGCAGAAAUGGUACAAACAACAAAUAUUUGGAAAGGUCUUGGAACGUCAGUGAUUCACAGAAGGGGUCUCAGAAAGAGCGUGCCCCGUCUUCAGCAGAAAUAGAGAGACAACAUAUCCUUCAGGAAAUGAGAAAGAAAACAUCACUACAUACAGACAACAGCUGGAUUAGGCAGCGUAGUUCUAGUGUGCAUAAGGACCCUGUUAAUCUACACCAGAAUACAAUGAAGAGAGGUGAAUCUUUAGAUAAUCUUGAUUCCGCAAGAACAAGUUCAUGGAGACAUCCACCUUGGACGAAUCAAUCUGCCUCUUCCACAUCUUUGUCGUCUAGUCAAGAUUUUGGUCGCUCUGCUGCUCCACUAGUGUCUACUUCGAACCGAGCUUACAUGCGUACCCCCUCCUCCAGUGUAGCACCUCCUUCAGCCAGCUCUGGAAGAUCAGCCACUUCUUCCCACACUUUCCCCUCAGCACCUUCUUCUGUACCGCGUGCUCAGUCUCCUACCUCUGCUUCCCAAUCAGGAGCUCAGCAGCGGAACAAGUCAGUCAGUGGGAAGAAAAUAUGUUCAUACUGCAAUAACGUUCUGGGCAAAGGAGCAGCCAUGAUCAUCGAAUCUCUUGGUCUUUGUUAUCAUUUACGUUGUUUUAAGUGCGCAGCUUGUGCAUGUGACCUUGGGGGCUCACACUCAGGAGCUGAAGUCAGGAUCCGAAACAAUGAACUCUUCUGCAACGACUGCUAUGUCAGAUUUAAAACUGGACAGCCAACCGCCAUGUGA